CGCGUGGGGGGCGGGGCGGUGCGCAGGGGAGGGGAGGUGGGCAAGAUGGCGCCCGGCGAGUGAUUCACCCCAGAUACGUCCAGCCGCCGCUGAGACACUGGGGCGGGGGGUCCUGCCCCCACUGCCGCCCUUCCUCCUCUCCCCCGCCCCCGGAGACCCCCUCCUACCCUUCCUCCCUCUACCUCGGGGUGGGGGUGGGGGAGCGGGCCUGGUUCCCGGGACACCAUGUCGGACUCUGAGGAGGAGAGCCGGGACCGGCAACUGGAAAUCGUCGUGCUGGGGGACGGCACCUCCGGGAAGACCUCCUUAACUACAUGUUUUGCUCAAGAAACUUUUGGGAAACAGUACAAACAAACUAUAGGACUGGAUUUCUUUUUGAGAAGGAUAACGUUGCCAGGAAACCUGAAUGUUACUCUUCAAGUUUGGGAUAUAGGAGGACAGACAAUAGGAGGCAAGAUGUUGGAUAAAUAUAUCUAUGGAGCACAGGGAAUCCUCUUGGUAUAUGAUAUUACAAAUUAUCAAAGCUUUGAGAAUUUAGAAGACUGGUAUUCUGUGGUGAAGAAAGUGAGCGAGGAGUCAGAAACUCAGCCACUGGUUGCCUUGGUGGGCAAUAAAAUUGAUUUGGAGCAUAUGCGAACGGUAAAACCUGAAAAACACUUAAGAUUUUGCCAGGAAAAUGGUUUUAGUAGCCACUUUGUCUCAGCAAAGACAGGAGACUCUGUCUUCCUGUGUUUUCAGAAAGUUGCUGCUGAAAUCCUUGGAAUCAAAUUAAACAAAGCAGAAAUAGAACAGUCACAGAGGGUGGUGAAGGCAGAUAUUGUAAACUACAACCAGGAACCUCUGUCAAGAACUGUUAACCCACCUAGGAGCUCUAUGUGUGCAGUUCAGUGAGCGAACUUUACCUUUGUACCAGUGGUCCUGGCGGCCCUUCACCCCGUGUGGCCUGGGCCUCUAGGAGCUCUGUUAUCAAUGGCCAUCUCUGUAGUGUUCAGUUAGCACUUUCCUCCCAGCUCCCUCGGCUCCUCGGCCUGGACCGGAUUCAACUUCGGGACGACACACUUGGAAUCCAUUAGACUGCUUCACUGAAAAAGAAUAAUGUUGGUUCUCUUUACGUUCUCCUUCUUUUUUCUCCGAUGUAAACUUUUUUAGACAGAUACAAAAACUAUACAGGUCUUGAUCAGCAGCCAGGAUUUUGGCCCAGCACAGUUUCAUUCUCUUAUCUGAACUCCUACCUGGCAAAGUGCACUUCUGAGUGCAGACAUUUAAACAAGUAAUAUAUUUUCUCUACAGAUACUUCAGAAGGCAUUCUUUUGCUGUCUAUUGUGAGUGAAAAUAUAUGAAGUUGUAUUCAACUGAAAAUGCUUGAAAUAAAGCUGUAUCUAUUUUUUUCAUUUUUUUAAAAAGGGCCUAAAUUGUUUAUAUUGUUGCUGUAGCUCACAAAAUAGUAUUUGCUAUUGUAUUUUUAUUACUGUGUCAUGGUCAUUAUGUAUUGUGUAAUACUCAGGUUAGAUGGCUUUUUGAAGUUUGGUAAGUGUUCAGCUGAUGUUUCCUCCAAACUGCAUAAGAGCACUCCCAGAACGAGUUACGGCUGUUGUUGGAUCAUUGUGGAUCACACUGUACCUGAUGUUCAGAUGUUCUUCUCCUGCAAAUAAACUUAUUUCAGUUACUUUU